AUGCUGUAUGAGUAUCUUGGUAACCGAUGGUUCCCCUUCAACUUCGGGCCGGGCAAGAAGAAAGCGUCGACGGCCUCGGCGCCCAACAACAUCUCUCUGUCGCAGACGCCGCAGCCCCUGAAGCGCCACGGCUCCGACGAGCAGACGGCGGCGCUGGGAGGGGUGGCUCCCCACGGCAGCAGCAGCUCAGUGGGCGACGAAGGAGGACUAGGUAUCCACAUAGGAGGCCCUUCAACCACCAGCAACAAGCUUGACUGUGAUCCUCCUUAUAGGGGCGAUCUUCCCAGUGCGAGAUAUGUAGGCCAUUGCAAUACAGUGGGGUUAAGCUACGCUUCAGAGAAACAUAGCCUGGUUCCCGUGGAUGUAUCACAGAGUAAUACAGUCUGCCCUUGGGAAAGUAACACAGAAACGUCUACCGCCAAUGUCUGCCCCUGGGAGACAAGUGCGCCUCCAACAACUAUGCAGAGUCAGCCGUCAGUCAAAGGCUCCGACCAAAAACUGAGCCACCCCAAGGCACGGCCAGAUCGAUCAAAAUCAGUCGACGUGAGUUCUCUCAGCAAGAGACAGGGGUCCGUGUCCGUGGCUCCGAGUCUGGUUCCAGUGCUGACCGAAGGCCAGCCGACCACUUCCAUUUGUCCUUGGGAAAACCAGGAGCUGCCCAAUCGCACAACAGAGAAGUCGAAGUCCAUUGAUGUGGAUGUCUGUCCAUGGGAAGUAAACGAGCCAGUUAAAAAGGCCUCAACCAGCUCCGCUCCUGGGAUGGUCACGGGUGAUUCAUCCAACUUACAAUCGUCGGGUGCGCUGCAUGCACAACCAGAGCAUGCAGAAAAGCCUUCAAAAUCAUCCCCAGGGUCAGGAAGUAGUAUAUCCUUUAGAGAAAGAGGAAGCAAGGAAUCAUCCCGACCUCCUAAUGAAAGAAAAAUUUCCAUACAAGUUUGUCCAUGGGAAAAGGUGGAAGAGGAGAUAGGAGGAGCAGAGACUCAUAGUUCAUGUAUAGUUAGUGAUAAGCCUAUGGGAAGAAGACCAAGUGACACCAUUGAAAAUAGGUUAGAGAAAGCCACAAAACCCAAAGAAAAAUAUGCUAGUACGGGUUCAGAAAGCCAAGUUCCCCCUGAGUCUUUGGGAAUGCAAAUGGCCUUGGAGCCCCGCCAAGGGGCAGGCAGUGAAGGAACAUCUUCACCAUCAUCUACAUGUUCAUCAUCAAGCCAUAGCGACUCUUUCAGCCCAAAUAAACUUUUAGACGACAAAGCACGUUUCACGUUGUUAGAUCAUCGAUGUCGCUAUUACGCAUAUCUGUAG